GUUGUAUAUAUGUUUUGAUGAUGGAAAUGAGAGUUUGGAGAUGUUUUAGGAUAUGUUAAUUAGUAAUAUUUUAGUUUCCUUUCUACUGUUAUUAGUUAAGACAGAGAGGUAUGUAUGAAAAUGUGUUAGAAUGAAAGGCGGUGUUGAAGAAAUAUGUUCAUCGAAAUAUUAUGGAAUUUGCUUUGUCGGCGGUAUGCUUAGUUCCGGAGUUACUCAUCUGGCCAUAACUCCUCUCGAUGUACUCAAAGUCAAUAUGCAGGUUUAUCCCAACAAAUAUAACAAUGGAAUUCUAUCUGGCCUUGCCACUAUAUGGAAACAACAAGGUUCCUAUGCUCUUUGGAGAGGCUGGUCUGCUAAACUCUGCGGAUACGGUGUUCAGGGAGGAUUCAAAUAUGCUCUCUACGAGUAUUUCAAAAAUCUUUAUGCCGAUCAUCUCUUGCUUCAUUCUACCAGGAAUUCUAUUUUCUUUCUUAGCGGUUUGUCUGCACAGAUUUUAGCUGAUGUUACUCUUGCUCCUUUUGAAGCCGUUAAAAUCCGUGUUCAAAUUCAACCUAAUUUUGCCAAGGGUUUAUCCGAUGGUUUUCCCUUGGUAUACAGAAAUGAAGGUCUUGCUGGUUUCUACAGGGGUCUUAUUCCGUUGUGGAGCCGCAAUCUUCCUUUCUCCAUGGUCAUGUUUUCAACAUUCGAGCAUUCCGUGGACCUAAUAUAUAAAAAUAUCAUGCAUAAGAGAAAGGAGGACUGUUCUACAGCACAACAACUUGGCGUAACGUGCUUAGCAGCCUAUACAGCUGGUGCUGUUGGUACUGUAAUUUCCAACCCCGCUGACAAUGUCAUGACUAGUCUUUAUAAAAAAAAGGCUGAAUCCGCUAUGCAGGCCAUCAAGAAUAUUGGAUUCAUAAACUUGUUCACCAGAAGUCUUCCUAUUCGCAUUGCACUUCUAGGACCAGUUAUAACUUUGCAGUGGUUUCUCUAUGACACUAUAAAAGUUCUAUCGGGACUGCCUACUAGUGGAGGACUUGCAAGAGACCAGAAGGAAGUUAAAUUGUAGCAUGUGCUCAGGUAUCAGUGGAAUGUGGUGGUUUGGUCGUCUAGUGGGUCUGAAUUGUUUUAUAAAUUGUAGCUUAGGAUUAGUUUGCUGUUGAAACCUGCAUAUCCAGGCUUGCAUAAAACUGACAAACAAAUUUUGUUCCUUUCUUUAUUUCUCGAUUUCAGAGUCAAUCAAUAUAUCGAAGCAUGGCUUCUUUGUAUCUGUCAUGUAAAUACAAAAUAUGUUUGAAUAAGGUUUUGUUUGCUAUAGUAAACCAAAUUGAUCUUGUGGUCCUUUUGAGUUUUUUUUUAGUAUUCAUCUCUAUUAAAAA